CUUUAUCCAUACUUUAAUUUGGACAAUUGCGCGUUGCCACAGUUCUCAGAAGAGGCGUUCACCCAUACAAUUGUUGGGUUCUUCUUGAGAACAAUAUACGUGCUUGAUGCGCGUUCAAUCCUCCUCAUCUAUAUUUGUAUCUAUAUAAAAUUCCCCUUGUGAAGCUACCAAUAGCCGGUCCCAACAAUUUCUCACCCAUCUCGUCUUCUCGUUCGAGUUUCUAUUUUUGACUGUUUUUUGCUUCAUUGUUCAACGAAUAAUAACCUGCGCUCUUUCCUCCCGAUAUUCUAGACUUUUGUUCAUAGACCACCGACACAAUGGUCCAGCAGUCUUGGCCGCAUGAGCAGCAGCAGCAAACGGCGUUUCGCAAGGCGGAGAAAAAGUACAAGCGUCUAGCCCAGCCGGCGGACCUCAGCGACGUCGUCGACUUUAGCACCAUCGAUGGCUCCCCGGACAAAACAGCCGGUGUAAGCAGAAUCUAUCUGACCGAAGAUCUGGCAACGCCGCCGUCGUUGCCAUUUGAAGCAUACCGCCAAAAGCAACCGCCGGCCUAUGUGCUGGAUAAUCACCCCGGUCUGGUUGUCAUUCCGGACGCUCUGACCAACGAGGCCCAGCGCUGGCUCGCACGCAAAUGCCUUUGCGACUGCACGCGGCCUCCCAACCGCACAAACCUCGACCCGUUCUUUGAAUUGCCUGCAGAGCCGCUGUUUGCUUUGGCGUUUCCUCGAUCGGCUACAUAUGGCCAGAGCAGUGCGCCCGAUUGCUCUUUGAUGGAUCCUGAGGCCUGUGCUGUGCCUGGUCGCCUCAAAACAAUCAGAAGCCGCGCCGAAACCAACAGCGUGCACGCCAAAGUGACUGUGCCCAAGACAAAGUUUUACACACAGUCGGAAUCACCGAUGGGUCUCCUGGACCGCCUUCGGUGGUGCACAUUGGGCCAGCAAUAUAACUGGACGACCAAAGAAUAUGACCUAGGAACUUGCGCGUUUGAUUCUGAUUUAGACAGUGUGAUGAAGUCGAUAGCCGAGACAAUCACGCAGCCAGCCGCCUCGGACAGUCAGAUGCCGUUUUUGGCGAGCGGUUGUGAGAAGAGUGCGUUUGUCAGCCAGGCCGGGAUUAUCAACUACUAUGACCAGGGCGCAACCAUGGCCGGCCAUGUGGAUAAGACUGAGGAGAACAUGGACGCGCCGCUGAUCUCAAUGUGCAUUGGCCUCUCUUGCAUCUACUUGAUUGGUGGAUUAACCAGAGACACCGAGCCCACUGCGCUGAUUCUUCGCAGUGGAGAUAUUCUGGCCAUGUGCGGAGCGUCGCGCCUCGCCUUCCAUGGCGUGCCAAAAGUGCUUCCAGGCACAUCGCCAGCGUAUUUGACCAAGCCAGCAGCUGGUAUUAAUGAUGUUGGCGCGGAAGGAUAUUCAGAAUGGCAGCAUUUUGCUGCGUACUUGGAAACACACAGAAUCAACUGCAAUGCGCGCAAAUGCUCUUAAUGGCAAUUUAAUAGUAAUAUUUUCAUUUGUAGUGCGAAUUGACUCUGCAUGCGAAUUGCUAUUCUGCUUGUUUACCCGGUUUUCGGCAUUUGGCGUGCACUGCAGUUGCAUUGUUGGC